AUCACUCCGGCCGGAUCCACAAUACUCACUCGCUGCUUCUUUCCUUCCGUCUCCGGCUCUCUGCGGUGGCGACAGCCCACUUCAUUCGAUCUAGGUACGUACUGCACAGCCAGCUCUCUUUCUUUUUCCGUUCGUUGUGGAUUUGACGUACGUGGAUCUGUGAUGUGCGGAGCUAGAUCUGUUCAAAUUCGCUCAGCAGAGGGCAUUGCAAACUGGAGGUGGAGGGCUGCUGUUCUUCAACCUGUGCUCUUGAUUGACCCAAGCAAGAGUUGGAUCUAUUCUCCACUAGUUCAUCUUUGGUAGCUGUUGCAAACGACUCUGCAAACUGGAUUUGAAGAGCUGUUAUUCAGAGUUUCAACCCAAGGGCAAUUCUAUAAAGGUGUGUUGAUUGAGAGACAAGACAAAUAAAGGUUGAGACGAUAUGGAGGUUUCUGCUGGGGAGAUGGGCCCCGUAAUUUGUAAGCUCGCUGAGCUCCUUGUUGGAGAAUACAACCUGGAGAAGCGUGUAAAGAAAGGCGUGCAAUCACUCCUAACAGAGCUCGAGAUGAUGCACGCCGUACUUCGCAAGGUUGGCGAGGUGCCAUCCGAACAGCUCGAGGAGCCGGUCCGGAUUUGGGCUGGCAAGGUGAGAGACCUCUCUUGUGACAUGGAAGAUGCUGUUGACGAUUUCCUCGUGCGUGUGGAUGAGGGUUCAAGCAUCCAGCCAAUGAACAUGAGAAAUCGAGUCAAGAAGUUCCUCAAGAAGACCACCAAACUGUUUAGUAAGGGCAAAGCACUUCAUCAAAUCUGUGAUGCCAUUGAAGAAGCUCAGGAUCUUGCCAAGGAGUUGGCCGAGCUGCGUAAAAGGUACAAGCUUGACAUGUUUACCCCUACCAACGGCGCUACCAUUGACCCUCGUGUGUUAGCUCUGCAAAAAGAUGUAGGGGAGCUUGUUGGACUUGACGGCACAAGGGACGACCUUAUUAAAACACUAAUUUGUGAGGACGGGAGUUGCAAGGAACAAUUGAAGAUAAUAUCUAUUGUUGGUGUUGGUGGGCUGGACAAGACAACCCUCACCAAAGCAUUUUUUGAGAAGAUCAAAGCCCAAUUUGAUCGUGCAGCUUUUGUCCCAGUGGGUCAGAACCCAGAUAUCAGGAAAAUUUUCAAAGACCUACUCUAUGGCCUCGACAAAGAGAAGUUCAAAGACAUUCAUAAAACAACAAGAGAUGAGAAACUACUAAUGGAGGAAAUCAGUGAAUUCCUUCUGGAUAAGAGGUACCUUAUCAUAAUUGAUGAUAUAUGGGAAGAGGAAAUAUGGAGAUAUAUAAAUUGUGCUUUGUAUAAAAACAAACUCCACAGUCGGAUAAUCAUAACAACCCGCAAUGUGAGUGUGUCUGAAGCAUGUCUCUCUUUCGGUGAUGGUAUGAUUCAGAGAAUGAAACCUCUUUCUGAUGAAGACUCGCAAAUACUCUUCCAUAGAAGAAUAUUUCAAAGCAAACAGAAAUGUCCGGAAGAUCUGCAGGUGGUGUCAAGAGAUAUCUUGAAGAAAUAUGCUGGUGUACCAUUAGCCAUCGUUACAAUAGCUAGCCUUCUAGUUAGUAGUCAACGGGUAAAGCCAAAACAUGAGUGGAUGCAUGUGUAUAAUUCGAUGGGCUGUGGAGUUACACAAAAUGGUAUUGCGAAGGACAUGAAGAGGAUAUUAUCACUCAGCUAUUAUGAUUUGCCUCCUCAUCUGAAGACUUGUUUAUUAUACCUAAGCAUCUUUCCUGAAGACUUUGAGGUUGAGAGAGAUUGGUUGAUAUGGAGGUGGCUUGCCGAAGGUUUUAUCCAGUGCAACCAAAAAGAAAGCAGCCUAUUUGAGAUUGGGAAGAGCUACUUCAACGAACUCAUGAAUAGAAGCUUGCUCCAGCGCGUAUAUAGAAGCUUUCAAUUUUUGCGUGUGCUGGAUCUUGGAAAUUCUAGCUUCCGGAAGAGGAGCUUUGGCAUCAGCCUCAAGUAUGUUGGGAAUUUAAUUCACCUAAGGUACUUGGGGCUCAGGAAUGCAGACUAUGAUGAACUCCCAGUUGACAUAGAGUUGCAGCUUUUGCAGACACUGGACAUACAAGGAAAUUGCGAGGGAGUCGGAGAAUUACCUACAAGUGUUGUUCAGCUAAGAAAUUUGUUAUGCCUAUGUUUGGACUCGUCCCUGCAAGUGUUGUUCAGUUUAGGGAGCCUGACUUCCCUUGAAGUGCUGAAAAGAGUUAGGUUACCCUCAUGUCCUUACAUUUUUAAAGAGCUGAGGCAUCUGACAGAGCUUAGGGCGCUCUAUAUUAUUUGUGAUGAGAUGGACAAGGAUCUGAGCAAUAUAUUAGCUGAGUCUCUAGGCAACCUGCGGAAACUGCAAAAUCUGAAAAUUGGUAAUGUUGGCAGCGUGAUAGAUCGCAUGCGUGAAAUAUGGGUGCCUCCUUCACACCUCCGUACUUUUGAGACAUGGAGCGGGUUGUUCUUGAGACUUCCAAAGUGGGUUAAUUCAACAUCGCUUCCCCAACUCUCCACCCUGGAAAUAGAGGUGGAAGAACUGCAAGCGGAUGACAUUCAGAUCAUUGGGAUGCUGCCUGCUCUUCUGUGUCUGGUUCUGUCCGCACGUCACGUGAUGGGAACGUUGGUUGUGGGCGCCGAUGCAUUCCCAAAUGUGACAUGCUGCAAGUUCGAAAGGUUUCUGACUUCGCCAUGCCUUUUUCCACCUGGAGCCAUGCCAAGGGUUGAGCACCUUCAGUUCGAGGUCUCUGCGCCGUCAAUCACAAGUGGUGAGGUUGACUGCGGCCUGGGGCACCUCCCUUCUGUCGAACAAAUCAAGGUUAUUCUGCGGGUUGGGAAUUUCAGCUAUGAAGAAGAGGCAGCCCAGGCAUUGCUGAGGCGUGCAACAGAAGCCCAUCCAAAACGUCACACCAUUGAAUUCGAGUUAUUAUUAUGGAGAAGUGAUCAGCCCUUCUGAAUGUGUGAUCUGC